CGGGGGCACAUCGCGCUGCGUGGCAACUACCGCGUCUGCGACUGCUUCCAGCGGCAGGAACACCGCCCGAAGUGCCCCUUGGACUCGGACAGCAGGUCCCCCAACAGGGGAAUCGCGCCCUGGGUGCCGCGCCGCGGAGAUGUCGUCGCCGGAAAUGUUGAUGUGGCGUCCGACGCUGACCGCAUUCCCUGCAUCGACCAGGACCAUGACAGGGUGGCCCGAGACCGGGCUGACCUCUCCAGAAAUCAUGAGGUCAAGAGGUACAACAGCCAAUUUCAUGAUGAUGAAGAGGACGAUCGCGGAAACGCUGAAGGGAACGGGGGCGGAGAAGCUGACGGAGACAGGAGCGGACAUGUCGCCGGUGCUGCCGAUGCAGCCUCGUCCUCGGGCGCUGCGCCGGGGGCAUCUCCCGGUCCGUCAGAUGGGCAGCCAGGAUCGGCCAAGCGAAAGGCCAGUCGAGGCAAGGCGUGCACCCGCAAGGGGAUAUGCACUGACAUGCGCACCAAGGAUGCUGGAGUGCCCGCCAGGCUGACGCCGGGGACCUUGCAAUCCGGAUGCCCCGGCGACUUUGAGGGGUCCGACUCCAAGACAAUCUCCGCGGCGCGUCCAGGACGACCCAGGAGCAAGCAGAGCACCCUGUCGGAGGAGGUUCUCAUGCUCACCUCCAAGCAGAGGGCCAAGCCGGCCGCUUCAGGUGCAGUGGAGGCGAAGGCUGGUCAAUUGUUUAGUUACCUCAGAGGAGGGCAAGGGCGGGAACUCUACGGGGAGAGGCCCGACGCGCCGCGGAAACGCGCUGCAGACGACCAGAAUCCACAUUGGGACGUGCUCGUUGCCCCCGAGGAGCUCCUCGUCGCCAAGCGCGACAUCGCAUGCGAGAGGGCCUGCGGCGACGAAGCUGACAGGGAACGGCAGCGGGCGCGCAGCACCCUUCGGCGAGCACUGCCCAUGGGGCCGAUCAGGGGAGGCGGGCCGCUCGCGCAGGCCAGCGAGCGCUUCCUCUCCAAUCGCGAAGAGUUCAUCUCGAUGAGCCAGUGCGAGGGGUUAGUGAAUUUGUUUCCGCCCUACGACGCCGUGGGCGGCUGGGCCCGGGCGGAUGACCUGUUGGCCCAUCAGCGCGGGGGUAAGGGCCACCCUGCAGUCAUGAAGUAUAUGGGUCCGCUCGAGUACGACAUGGACGACGUCGCCCUGGUGCUCAUGCUGGUGGCUGAGGUGGUGGAUCGCGCUGGCGACCAAAAAAGCCGACUUCAGCUAAAAGCACUCCGCGGCGGAGACGCUCGCAGACGGGCGCUGCGCAUCCGCGCCACCAAUGGCCGCAGCUGGCCAGGCAUCAUGGGCCUGGAGAGCACGCGCUGCCCUGUGACCUACACUGCCGACAUUAGGUACUUCAUACAUGGUGCCAAAUUUGAGCACCUGUCGCCCAUCAUGCAGCUCGGCUUGUCGUGUCGCACAGAGGACAAAGGCCGCCGUAACCGCAGCGGCAAGCG